CUGCUGCUGCUGCUGCUGCCUGCGGCCGGGGGCUGCCCGGCCCGCUGCGAGUGCAGCGCCCCCACGCGUGCGGUGGCCUGUGCCCGCCGCCGGCUGACGGCCGUGCCCGAGGGCAUCCCGGCCGAGACCCGCCUGCUGGAGCUCAGCCGCAACCGCCUCCGCUGUCUCAGCCCGGGCGACCUGGCCGCCCUGCCGUGGCUGGAGGAGCUGGACCUGAGCGACAACGUGAUCGCGCACCUGGAGCCCGGCGCCUUCGCCGCCUUGUCCCGCCUGCGCGUGCUGCGCCUCCGCGGCAACCAGCUCAAGCUCAUCCCGCCGGGGGUCUUCGGGCACCUGGACAACCUCACGCUGCUGGACCUGAGCGAGAACAGGCUGGUCGUCCUCCUGGACGACACCUUCCAAGACCUGCGCAGCCUGCGCCGGCUCGAGGUGGGCCGCAACGACCUGGUGUUCAUCGCGCGCCGGGCCUUCGCGGGACUGCUGGCCCUGGAGGAGCUGACCCUGGAGCGCUGCAACCUCACGGCGCUGUCUGCCGAGUCGCUCGGCCACCUGCGGGGCCUGGGCGCCCUGCGGCUGCGACACCUGCCCGUCGCCGCCCUGGAGGACCAGAACUUCCAGAAGCUCCCGGGGCUGCUGCACCUGGAGAUCGACCACUGGCCGCUGCUGGAGGAGGUGGCCGCGGGCAGCCUGCAGGGCCUCAACCUGACGUCGCUGUCCGUCACCCACACCAACAUCACCGCCGUGCCGGCCGCCGCGCUGCGACACCAGGCGCACCUGGCCUGCCUCGACCUGUCGCACAACCCCAUCAGCGCGGUGCCGCGCGGGUCCUUCCGGGGCCUGGUCCGCCUGCGCGAGCUGCACCUGGCCGGGGCGCUGCUGGCCGUGCUGGAGCCGCAGGCCUUCGCGGGGCUGCGCCAGCUCCGGCUGCUCAACCUGUCCAGCAACCUGCUGUCCACGCUGGAGGAGAGCGCCUUCCAGUCGGUGCACACGCUGGAGACGCUGCGCCUGGACGGGAACCCGCUGGCCUGCGACUGUCGCCUGCUCUGGGUCGCGCAGCGCCGCAAGACGCUCAACUUCGACGGGCGGCUGCCGGCCUGCGCCAGCCCGGACGAGGUGCGCGGGGACGCGCUGCGCGACCUGCCCGACUCGGUGCUGUUCGAGUACUUCGUGUGUCGCAAGCCCCAGAUCCGCGAGCGGCGGCUGCAGCACGUCACGGCCACCGCGGGCGACGACGUGCGCUUCCUGUGCCGCGCGGAGGGCCAGCCGGCGCCCAGCGUGGCCUGGGUGACGCCCCAGCACCGCGCGGUGACGGCCACCAGCGCCGGCCGGGCGCGCGUGCUGCCGGGGGGCACCCUGCACAUCCAGGCCGCGCGGCCGCGCGACAGCGGCACCUACACGUGCGUGGCCAGCAACGCGGGCGGCAACGACACCUACUUCGCCACGCUGACCGUGCGGCCCGAGCCGGCCACCAACCGGACCGCGGGCGACGGCCGCAACGCCACGCAGGCGGCCGCGCGCUCCCCGCUGGACCUCACCGCCGUCCUGGUGUCCACGGCCAUGGGCUGCAUCACCUUCCUCGGCGUCGUCCUCUUCUGCUUCCUGCUGCUGUUCCUGUGGAGUCGCGGCCGAGGCCAGCACAAGAACAACUUCUCUGUCGAGUACUCCUUCCGCAAGGUGGACGGGCCGGUGGCCGCGGCCGGCCAGGGCGGCGCGCGCAAGUUCAACAUGAAGAUGAUCUGA